AUGUGUGGCCCGCAGUAUGAGUGGUACUUUUUGGUGAAUACUGACACUCAAUCAUCCAAGAACAAUAAAAUGCCCAAAGAAAAAACAACAAACUGGUCGCGGGAUAAAGACAACAAUAACAACAACAAAGACGAUGAUGACGAAGACGACAACAUUAACAACGUCAACGUGGUCGGGCCAUGCACGGUGCAGCAGCGUUGGAAGAGUUGCGCGACCAACGGUUGGCUGACGAUGAUGUUCUUGGCGUACUCGUUUCUGCUAACCGUCCGAGUACAUUUCACGUACUCGAUGAUGGUGAUGAUGAUCUUGCCGCUGGUACCGGAAGCGACAGACCGGCCGCUGUGUCCGGGCGCCAUCCUAAACGUGGGAGCAAACUCCACAACCGUGGUGGCCAGGCGGCUGGACUGGACGAUCCGAGAACAGGCGUUCACGAUGGGUGCGUACUUUUUAGGCACACUGGUGUCCACUCUCCCGGGUGGCGUGUACUCGAGUCGCGGUUACGAGCGCUCCAUAAUGCUGUGGUCCAUGGGCAUCACGGCCUCCACUUUGGCACUGGUGCCGGUUGCGUUCGUCCAGUUCAACAGUUGGGUGGCCGUCACGUUCCUCAGGUUCCUGCAAGGGUGUGCGUUCGGACCUGCCGGGUCGUGCGGCGGGACUUUGGCCGGUAAAAUCAUACCGAAAACGAACAUUAUCCUGUACUCGACGUUCAUGUUCUCCGGCACGAUGUUCGGUGGCUCCUUCGGGCACUUGUUCAGUGGAAUCGCCAUACCUAACAUAUCGCAUGAAGGCAGCUACUUGGCACUGUCCGCCCUCGGAUUCAUCUGGGUGGCCGUGUGGGCGACCAUGAUUCAUCUCACACCUUACGCCAGUGAUGUAAACAACACCCCCCGGUCUGCCGCGUUCAUCUCGACAGCUUGGACAGUAAUCAUGCGAUCUAUGCCGUUUGUCAGUCUGCUGAACGCAUCUUUCGGAUUCGGAUUUUUAUACAACUUCAUCACUACCGGGAUACCGAUUUAUACUGCCAAUGUCCUAGGUGGCGAUGUUGUAAAAAACGGCAUACCAGUAUUUGCGACAUGGCUAAUCGGUUGGAUCACGUCUAUAAUCGCAGGAAUCUUAGGCGAGUCGUUGGCGAACAUUGACACGAUUACGAAAACAAUGAUCAGGAAGAUGUACGUAGGAAUUGUGUUAAUCGGAUCACCGUUUAUGCUCUUGGGCGCCUUCCUCUCUGGAUGUAACGAGUCGUAUGCCAAAACAUUUAUAAGUAUGGCAGUGAUAUUAUUGGGCUUUGAACGAAACAGUAUUCGGAUAAAUUCUAUGGACUUAUGUCCCGGUUAUGUGGGAAGUCUAAUAGCAAUGUGUGAUGUUUUUUACUCUAUGGGAAAUGUAAUUGAUUCGGUGGUGAUUCGAUGUUUAUUAGCAGACACCAUGAACUGGUGCGUAACAUUCCAGGUGACCAUCAUUCUGUCAAUCACGUGUAGCAUACUAUUUCUAUUGUUUGGCUCCUCAACACAACAAUGCUGGGAUGAAAGAUACAUACGUCCGUAAACGUAAAAUAAUGGCGUUUAGACGACUACCGUACUGACCGAGCAUAAUAAUAAUCUUCGAGUACUAAUAAUUUUAUUAAAUUAAUUUUUAUUCAAAAAAAUUCUCCAUUG